AUGUUCGUCUCAAGAAUUACCGAAUUAGGAAAUAAGUCCUACACAGGUUCUGAGGAUAAAGCUCCCAAAAGCCUCUACAUUUUCCAUUGCAGCAACGCCAUUGAAAGCAAAAUGUCAGGAUUCAAAUAUCUUAACAAACUACAAGACAAACGUGUCCUCGUCUUCGGAGGAACCUCCGGAAUGGGAUAUGCUGUCACCGAAGCAUUACUUGAGCAUGGAGCUCAAGUGACCAUAUCCGGAUCAAAACCUGAGAAGCUUGAGAAUGCAGUCAGGCGUCUUCAUUCAUCUUACCCAGACUUGAAAGAGGGUCAAAUCAGCACCCGGCUAUGUGAUCUAGGCUCUUCUGACGGACUAGAAGCGAGAAUUCGAGAAGCUCUUCAUUAUGCCUCGAAGGGCGGAGAACAUAAGAUUGAUCAUAUUGUCUUCACAGCUGGAGAUACAGUGGAUGUUGCUGGAGGGAUUACAGGCACCGACAUCCAUGUCAUCAACCGUCUGAUGGGCGUACGAGUCCUUGCUCCAGUCCUUAUAGGCAAGGUCGUUGCCACGAGCGACUACGUGAACAAAUCAUCGGCGACCUCGUUCACAUUUACCUCAGGAACCGCCCAUCUACGUCCUCGUCCCACAUGGCCCAUUAUGGCCAUGCUUUCCGGCGCAUUGCAGGGUCUCUCUAGUGGAUUGGCCGUCGAACUUGCCCCUAUUCGCGUGAACGUUGUGAACCCCGGCUUUUUUGAGACGGAACUUGUUCGUGGGCGUCCAGCGGAAGUAUUGGAAAUGGCGAAAGAGUCAUCUUUGACGAAAAGAUUGGGUAAGCCGGAGGAUAUCGCGGAGGCUUACCUGUACUUUAUGAAGGAUGCUUCGGCUGAUGGCACUGCUAUUAUUUCCGAUAAUGGUAAAAUUCUGUCGAGUUAA